AUGUUAGAAACGUCAUCUGGGAUCAAUGACUUAUUGUUUUGCGGUACCUUGUGGACCGCUACAGCCCAUGCUUUUACGGCUGUUGUUGGUGCUGGCAUAUUAGCAUUGCCUUGGAGUGUUGCUCAAUUGGGUUGGAUCCUUGGCCCCUUCGUCCUCGUCCUCUUUGCCAUUGUUACAUACUAUAUUGCCUCUCUUCUAUGUGAUUGCUAUAGAACACCAGAUCCAGUAACUGGAAAAAGAAACUAUACGUACAUUCAUGCUGUGAGAGAACUUUUAGGUCCUAAGAGUGAACUUAUUUGUGGAAUAUUGCAGUAUUCAAUAUUAUGGGGAACAAUGAUUGGCUACACAGUUACAACUGCCAUUAGCAUAGCGUCUGUAAAGAGGUCAACUUGUUUUCAUGACAAGGGACAUAAUGCAAAAUGUGGAGUGUCAGGAAAUCUCUAUAUGCUUAUAUACGGAGCAAUAGAAAUAUUUCUAUCUCAAUGCCCAAACUUGGAAAAAGUGGCAAUCCUUUCAGUAAUUGCAUCAGUCACAUCAUUUGCAUAUGCGCUCAUAGCAUUAUGUCUAUCUACUGCUAAACUAUCCUCAAACCAUGAGUUUAAAGGAAGUCUCAUGGUAGCGAUGGUGGUAAAUACUGAAGCUACGUCAGAAAGAUUUUGGCAAGCUUUUCAAGCUCUUGGAAACAUUGCUUUGGCCUAUACUUACUGCAUGCUACUCCUAGAAAUUCAGGAUACCCUGAAGUCAGUUCCACCAGAAAAUAAAGUGAUGAAGAGAGUAUCAUUGUUUGUUGUUGUUGGGACAGCAUUCUUUUACAUUUCUCUGGGAUGCAUUGGUUAUGCUGCAUUUGGAAAUGAUGUUCCUGGAAAUAUUCUCUCCGGAUUUUAUGAACCAUUUUGGCUUGUUGACAUGGCCAACAUUGCUGUAAUUAUACAUCUAAUUGGGGCCUAUCAGGUGUAUGCUCAACCACUUUUUGCUAUCAAUGAAAAAUGGAUUGGGUCAAGAUGGCCAACAUCAUCUUUCAACAAAAUCUACACCAUCAGAUACCCAUGCUCGAGAAAAGGUUCCCUUCACUUGACUAUAAACAGGUUGUUUCUACGCACAAUCUUCGUUGUUAUCACAACUGCAGUUGCAAUGAUGUUUCCAUUUUUCAAUGCGAUUCUCGGUCUUCUCGGCUCAGUUUCCUUCUGGCCAUUAACAGUCUACUUUCCGAUAAGCAUGUACAUAGUGCAGGCCAAGAUCAAGAGAGGAAGCUACCAUUGGUUUGGUCUCCAAGCCUUAGGGUUCGUGUGCUUGAUUGUAACUAUCGUCUCUGGAAUUGGUUCAGUUGCAGGUAUGGUACAGUUUCUUAAGAAGGCAAGACUGUUCCAUAUUGAGAUAUAAGGCAGCCAUCCCUUUGUUGGUGCUGGCACUUGUUUGACAUUUGUUUUUGCCAAUGUUUUCUAAUCAAAAUUUGAGACAGUUAUCAUAAA